AUGAUGAUGGCGGCACUCACAGCUAUUUUGCCCGUAGUGGCAAGAAGUUCGAGUCUUGCACUGAACAUCUAUCGAGUGGCGGCUGGCGAGCAGGAGACCGCAAGGGAUUUGGUCAAGGUCGCAAAAGUCGUCAACCAAUUUGCGUCCAAUCUCAAGCAGAUUGGAACCAUGAUCAAGGAAGAAGACCGUUUGCCCUCGCCUGAGGCUAUUGAGAUUUUGGAAGAUGUGACUGGCCAAGCCCAAGAAAUACUCAAUGCGAUCGAGUCCGCUACGGCUGCAGUGGAUGGCGAGCAAAAACAUCGCAAACAUGCUGGAUCAUUGACGGGUAGUGAUUACUUGCCACAUGGCUCAAUGGCUGCUGGUAGUAACUUGAGCUACCUCUCAGCCCAUCUCGAAGCCCUCUGUGCGACCUUGUCCGUGCAGCUUCAGACUCUUUUCACGGCCCAGAGUAUCAUGUGGUCAAAGCUUCGUCCAACAAUCUCACCACAACAAGCGAAUAAGGCUGUAGAAAAUGAAAAGAUACAGCUACAAUCCUUGAUAAUCGAACAACAAAUUUUGAUCCUGACAGCCGCCAAAAUCUUCGAAGAAGGCGCAUCAAAAGGCGACAGGCUCCGGGUGGAAACCAAUGAUUCAAAGAUUCUCGUUUCUGGCAGCAGCAAGAACACGCCAGGCCCGGCCCAAUUACAUCGGUACCAAGAUCGAUACAUUACGAGUCUUGAUAUGUCAUCCUCAAAUGAAGCUGGUUGGCUGCCAGCAGUAUCGAGCAUCACAGUAUCCCAGUCCGAGCGUCUGUUGGAGAGAUGGACCAGCCUGCCUCAGUUUGACGACCGCGUCCGCGCCGCUGAGCGUGAGGAUCAAAAGCAGAAGCUUCAGGAUAAACAGGCCACAGUGGAAUCGGAUAGUGAAGAUGAAGAUGAUGCAACCACGAAACUUGCCAGUGAUGGAGCAAGACGUAGACAAUCUGGAAGUGUACAGCCGCUCUUCACGGACGUGAACGAGUCCCGCGAUACUCUCAACGCCUCGAAAAGUGACAAAUCGAUACCAUCAUCGCCUGCAUCCAGUGUAGAUAGCCUCCCCGUUGAGGCAGCAGCGGCCGUCGAAGCCAAGGAAGAGGAUGACGAUGUCGACCUCGAGAUACCUUGGACCUUGUGUGCACGAAAGUACUACUGGGAAUUCAUCGACGCCAAACAGAUCAGCAGCAACACUGACCACGCGCCCUCCCUCGCCUACCAGGAACGAAACAGUUGGACGGAAAUACUGGCGAGCUGGGUAUGCAAGGAAGCCAUCAGGGAAGCAGGCUUCAGAUUCACACCGGUACAAAAGGACCGCAAGGAUGGAAGGCGAACCAGAUUCGAGACUUUGUUCUUGAUCGAAAGGCCAUUGCAAUUUGAUCAUGUGAAGAAUCUUGUCGAACGUACAGUCGAGAUUUACAGACGAGAUGCACCACCCACGCCCCCUGUACCGCGAACGAAAAGAUCGUCUUCUCAUCGACCGCCGCCACCGCAGAUGAACAACGGUGUUGAUCGAGAUAGAACGCCAUUACCACGCAACACCCACCCCCCACUCGACCGCUCAGACACUGCCUUCCUCGCACCCCUACCAGGCCCUCCCCCACUACCACGAAAUCCCAACCCCCAAAUCCCAAUCCCCAUUCCACAAAAUCCCCAGAACGCACAGUUACCACCUCGACCACGAUCCCCGCACCUCCCCGGCUAUCCCACCCAACCACAGCCACAGCCAUAUACACACCCACCCGCAAACCAGCCCCCGUAUCCUGCCUCGCCGCCACAAUACUCGUAUCCACCCAAUACGCUUAAUCAGAAUAUGAAUACGAAUAUGAAUAUGCAGACACCGACCUCCCUUGGUCAUCACUCUGCCCAACCACCUUCGCGACAACCCCAGAUUCACCCACAUCGUACUGCAAAUGCACAUGCCCAUGCCCCCAGCUGUUACUACGAUGACACUACGACGUCGGAGUCUGACUCUGGGGACUGGGAGAGGUAUCGUGCGAGGAGACGGGAGAGGGAGUGGCGGAGGAAGAUCGAGAUAGGGAAAGGGAAAAAGAAAGAGAAAGAGAAAGAGAAAGAGAAAGAGAAAGAGAAAGAGAAAGAGAAAGGGAAAGAGAAAGAGAAAGAGAAAGAGAAAGAGAAAGGGAGAGAAGAAAACGAAAAAGAACGAGUAAAGCUGCGGGAGCACUCUUGGGAGUCGGAGGCUUGA